GAAGUUUCUGGACCGGAAGGGCUGAGGAAGCCCAAACUUGAGCUGAAGCAACUCUACUGAGGUCAGCCCCAUGGCUGUUCCACACGAUUCACACGAGACUUCCUAUUUGCUGCCUCCGAACAGUAAGGACUGGGAAGGGCGUGGCAUUCCUGACUUUGUCUACGGGCAGGAGGAGCUGGUGCUGGAAGGGAUUCAGUGGCCGAGGGUCGCGCCCGGCCUCCCGGAGGACUCCGUACCACCUUCUCGGUUCGAUUCUGUGCUCUGCUCCGCCUGGAGGCAGCGGGUGGAGCUGGGGCUGUUCCGCUACCGCCUGGGGGAGCUGCAGACCCAAACCCUCCCCGGUGCCGUGGGUUUUGUGGCUCAGCUGAACGUGGAGCGAGGUGCGCAGAGGAGGCGCCCCCAGAGCAUCAGUAGUGUGAAGCAGGCGUUUGACCCUGCAGUGUUUAACUUCACCAAGAUCCGGCCGGGAGAAGUCCUCUUCCGUCUGCUCCGGGAGCCCGAUCUGCCAGGCGCUCUCCAGCAAGAGGACAUCCUCGUAAUGAUCAACGUCAGCCCCUUGGAGUGGGGCCACGUGCUGCUGGUGCCCGAGCCCACCCGUGGGCUCCCCCAGCGCCUGCUGCCCGGUGCGCUGCGGGCCGGGGUCGAGGCCGUGCUGCUGAGCUCCCACCCAGGCUUCCGCGUCGGCUUCAACAGCCUGGGUGGCUUGGCCUCAGUGAACCACCUCCACCUGCACGGGUAUUACCUGGCCCACAGACUGCCUGUGGAGGGAGCACCGAGCGAGCCCCUGGACCGCGGGGGGCAUCUGCACCUCCUCCAGGCCGUCCCAGCGCCCGGCUUCCUCUUUUACACUAGCGGGCCGGGGCCUGACUUGGAAGCCUUGAUAGGCAGGGUAUGUCGGGCCACCGACUAUCUGACUGACCGCGAGAUCGCCCAUAAUUUGUUUGUGACCCGGGGGGCCCCACCCGGAAAGACAUCACCCUCCUCGGCUCUCACGGGGGUCCGAGUGAUUCUGUGGGCCCGGAAGUCCAGUUUUGGGGUAAAGGAAGGCGAGGCGUUCAAUGUUGCCCUCUGUGAGCUGGCCGGGCACCUGCCUGUCAAGACGUCCCAGGAUUUCAGCAGUCUGACAGAGGCGGCUGCUCUGGCCCUCAUUCAAGACUGUCUGCUGCCCCCCGCCCAGGCAGAAGAGGUCCAGGCAGCGCUAGUGGCCUUGAUAGCCCAGGACGAGCAGUAAUCCUUCCGGAAGUAUUUAUCUUCUACCCGGUCUAAGUCCCUUUCCAGAAAGCCGUCCACAGGGUCCACAGUGGUCGUUUGGGCAUUUCUGUGACUGCCUUCUUACCUGUCUCAGCCUAAGGGGACGGGUAAAGAAUUGACAAGUGGCCUCUUUAAAGAGAAGAAACGUUAGAAUAGAUCGAACAAAUGAGCCUUCGUGCACGUAUCUGCUUCUCACCUUCCGUCUUGGACAAGCCUCAGGGAUGUCAAACCUGUCACUGAGAAGGGAGUAUGCGCAAGAGUUCCGUACUCCUGACUUUGUAUCUGGACUUUUCCCUUCCGGUCACGUCUUGGCAGAGUGAUAGUUCAUGUGCCUCUGGCGCUGUGCCCCCCGUUUCCUCUGCUCUCGCCUCUCUGCUUAUUCUCCCGUCGCCCGCCCCCCACUGGUUAUCAUUUCUUCAUCCCUCCCGUCUGUUCGGCCCUGCUUACAGCACCUUCCCCUCCCAGGCCACCCUUGAAUUUUCCUCCAGCCCUCAGCCCUGAGUUGAAUAUUCCUCAUCUACAUCACAAGUUGUCCUCACUACUUGAGUACCGCCAUUUAACACUUAACAGAUGAGGAGCUGGAGGCUGACAGGUUUUGCAACUUGCCCAAGGCCAGAUAGCUCUCAAGUACUAGAGUGGGGACUGUAGCACGGGCGGUCAGGUGCCAGAAGCCCAGGUUGUGCCCUUGUGACUGCCUCUCUAGGCAACUGCUCCCUUAACGGUGUCAUCCUUAACAGUUGACAGGCGCUGAGCUGAGGUUCACGUCCCUGGAUAGUUGGCUUCCUCUGUUCAGGCCUGUAUGAAAUUUUUACGUAGAACUUUAGGUGCUUUAUAUCCCAAAAGAUGUUAUAAAGUCUCAUUGAGAUAAGGCAGAAUAUGUACAAGUAAAAGUUCAUAAGAAGAACAGUUUAGGGGCGCCUAGGGGGGGCUCAGUUAAGCGUCUGACUUCAGCUCAAGUCAUGAUCUUGCAGUUCGUGAGUUCGAGCCCCGCAUAGAGCUAUGUGCUGACAGCUGGGAGCCUAGACCCCGCUUCAGAUUUUGUGUCUCCCACUCUCCCUCCCCUGCUCAUUCUCUCUCUCUCAAAAAUAAAUAAACAUUAAAAAAAUUUUUUUAGGGGCGCCUGGGUGGCCCAGUUGGUUAAGCAUCUGACUUCAGCUCGGGUCAUGAUCUCACAGUUCGUGAGUUUGAGCCACACGUCGGGCUGGCUGUUGUCAGCACAGAGCACCUUUCAGGUCCUCUGUCCCCCCUCUCUCUCUCUCUGCCUCUCCCCUGCUCACUCACUGUCUCUAAAUAAAUAAAUAUAUAUAUUUUUUUAAUUUUGUGAAAGAACCGUUUAACAUUUAAAUUUAAAUAUUACAUGUGUAACAUUUAAAUUCCUAUAGAAUUUGGGUCGGCUUCCUCUUUUUAACACCUUGCCGUAAUUUUAGCUUCUGCUUCUUUCUGCAAGCCUUUGCCUGUGCAAACUCCAAGAGCGCCACCUUGCUUUGCUUGCCCAGUCUGAAGGAAGUACAGAUGACCGUUAGCGCAGAGUGGAUUUUGUGUCCCAGGUGAUGCGCCCAAAUACCAGGGUUUUCCCCCAGGGCUGCUGUUCUGAGGAAUGCCUCCUCAGGCCAAACCAAGUUUUUCCUUGAGAAGGGGGAAGAAA